AUGGGUCAAGGCUACUCCAUCACAACCCUUUCUGCCGGGUCGGCGGGGAUAGAUGUGCCAGAGCUGUCGGAUCUGGUUUAUGAGAAAUCGAUGGGCGGUGGCCGAUUCAUGAAGAGCAUCCGUGCCAGACAACAGAAUGGCCUGGUCUUCGUCAAAGUGAUCAUGAAACCGUACCCAACCAUGCAGCUGGAGAAAUAUGUGAAAGCUAUCGCGCGCGAACGCAAGCUCUUGGCCGAUGUACCGAAUGCAUUGAGCUAUGAGAGAAUUCUGGAAACUGGGAAUGGUGGUUAUUUGGUUCGCCAAUGCGUCCACAGUUCACUCUAUGAUCGUCUGAGCACUCGCCCAUUUCUUGAAGAAGUUGAAAAGAAAUGGAUUGCCUUUCAGCUUCUGUGUGCCUUACGGGACUGCCAUUCCUUGGAGAUAUUCCACGGGGACAUCAAGACUGAAAAUAUCUUGGUAACUUCGUGGAAUUGGCUCUAUCUGUCGGAUUUUUCUUCCUCGUUCAAACCGACUUUUCUUCCGGAAGACAAUCCGGCCGAUUUUUCUUUUUUCUUCGAUAUCUCGGGCAGGCGAACAUGCUACCUAGCUCCUGAACGAUUCCUGGAGGCCGGAGAAGAGGAGGGCAGUCGCAACGUUAACUGGGCAAUGGACAUCUUCAGUGCCGGCUGUGUGAUCGCAGAGCUCUUUCUGGAAUCCCCUAUUUUCACUCUCAGUCAGAUGUACAAGUAUCGCAAGGGAGAAUACAGCCCCGAGCACAGCCAGCUCGCCAAGAUCGAGGAUCCAGAAAUCCGGGAGCUCAUCCUGCAUAUGAUUCAAUUGGAGCCAGAGUCUCGGUAUUCCGCCGACGAGUAUCUGAAUUUUUGGAAGAACAAGGCUUUCCCUGGAUACUUUUAUGAUUUCCUGCAUCAGUACAUGUCCCUCAUGACCGACCCUUCGUCGGGAAGAACAAAGGUGGAUGCGGAGUCAGCCAAUCGAGGGGAAACUGACGACCGGAUCGAGCGAGUCUGUCUCGAUUUCGAUAAGAUAUCUUACUUCCUUGGCUUCGAACCUCCGAGGGGUCCCAGAGACCUUUCCGUUAUGAAGACCUCUCGACUCAUGGGCGACGUAUUCCCUGUCAAGCUCGAUCUUCCAGGGAGUGAGUUCCCUGCAUCUGAUCGACAAUCGCAAUCAGACGAAGGAGUUUUAAUAUUCCUCACUCUUAUUGUCUCGAAUUUACGGACCACGGCCAAAGCCUCUGCUCGGAUCAAGGCGUGUGAUAUUCUUUUGGCCUUUGCCGAAAAGCUAUCAGAUGAGGCCAAGCUUGACCGUGUUCUCCCACACGUCAUGGUUCUUUUGAACGACGGUACAGAUGCCGUUAAAGUCGCCGCGAUCCGUACAUUGACACAACUUUUGGAAAUGGUCCAUGAGGUCUCUCCAGUGAACGCCUACCUGUUUUCGGAGUAUAUUUUCCCCAGGCUCCAGCCUUUCAUUAUUUCUUCUAAGCAUCAACCGAGCCCCAUCGUUCGCUCAAUGUACGCAUCAUGCAUCGCAUCAUUGGCACAGUCUUCUUUGAGAUUUUUGGAUAUAAUCCAGGCAUUGCGCUCAGAUAACCGCCUGACUGCGCUGGUUCCCGUGGGGUUCGAGCCUCGUUGGGCGGAGGAUGCGACUUACCAUAAUCUCUACAAUGUUGCCCGCAAUGAUCUCCUCGAAUACUUUGAGGUUCAUACGAAGGCUCUCUUGACAGACGCAGAUCCGUCCGUCCGUCGAGCCUUCUUGGGAUCUGUGUCAAGCCUCUGCGUGUUCUUUGGGAAUCUGAAGUCAAAUGAAGUCAUUCUAAGCCAUCUCAACACCUACUUGAAUGACCGAGACUGGAUUUUGAAAUGUGCUUUCUUCGAGGCCGUGGUUGGUGUCGCCGCAUAUGUGGGGACCAUCAGCUUGGAGCAAUACAUUCUUCCUUUAAUGAUACAGUCCAUGACUGAGCCAGAAGAGUUUGUUGUGGAAAAGGUGAUUCGCUCACUGGCAGCUAUGGCGGAGCUCGGAUUGUUUCAGAAAUCGACGACAUGGGACCUACUUCAUGUCACGGUUGGAUUCCUGGUACAUCCAAACAUGUGGAUCCGCGAAGCUGCUGCACAGUUGGUGGUUAAAUCUGCCCAGCAUAUGACAACGGCGGAUAUUGUUGCUAUUCUGACGCCGCUUGUCCGACCAUUUCUUAACAUCAAAAUCAUCGGGUUCUCUGAGACAAAGCUUCUUGAGGCUCUGAAACGACCCAUGUCAAGACACAUCCACGACUUGGCUUUCCUCUGGGCUUCCAAGGCCGACAAAGGUCUCUUUUGGAAAUCAACCAGCCCGCUUGGUUUGUCUGAUGUUCACGGUCCUCGCAUAGGGCGAAGCCCUUCACUCAACAUGGGUUCUGUGCCUAAGAAUGAUGAAGAUGAACAAUGGCUGUCUCGUCUACGAAACCUCGGAAUGAGCCCGGAAGAUGAAACGAAACUAUUGGCACUCAAGGAUUAUAUCUGGAGAUCAUCGCUGAGGCGAGCAAGAGAUUCUGAGCCUGAUGCUCCGUCGUUGAAUGAGAUCAUCGGUCUAGAGCAUAUUGUUUCCCCUCAAACAGUUUUUUUCGACAAAACCAUCCGUGAAAAACCACGCAGUGUCUCUGUAGACAGGACUGGAAGCCACACGCCGGACGAGACGAGACCAAGAACUAUCGCGGAUGCCUUGCUCGACGCUUCUACAACAAUUGAGCGAGCUCCCAGUGCUCAACGCAAACACCUGCGAGCGAGAAGUCAUCUCCACAAGGAGAUUUCACGUCCAGGGUCCCCAGGUAAUGCGGCCGGGGAAUCUUCGGCUUCAUCUCCGGCGGCGUCCUCUCCCGCUGCAGGCGGCCCUGGGUCUCGGCCACUGUCUCCGCCAGGCUCGGAUGUCGAUCGAACCUCUCGCAAUCGCCGACUGAGCUCUGGCCAAGAAAGUUCAUCGACCACGCCCACCAAUACCGACACUCUAUCCUUGCGUGGUGUUUCAGAUCGGGUUCAGCGAAAACCUAGUGCUAUCAAUCUGCUCGGUCGCCACGAGACCUCCAAGGCGUAUGCUGAAACAAGCACAAGCUCAGCAAAUGCAUUUGGGAAAGUCGAUGCACCUUUCCAGAGAGCAAGCACGCCACAGCAGCCAUCUGCUCUCACACAAGCCUACGAACGCAAACGAACGUCCACACCUCCACGACAAUAUCAAGCCAGCCACUCCUAUACUGGUGACGACCCAACAGUAUUGCGACUGUUGGACAAUGUGUUUGCAGACCACUUUCCAACCGACCUCUUCGACCUGGGUCCAUAUGUGCGGGAGUUGGAUCCUCGGACCCCAAUCCGCAAAUCUGGCACCCAAGAGCCUGGUAGCCCCUGGAGACCCGCAGGGAGUCUCGUGGCAACGUUUGGCGAGCACAGUGGACCAAUCAACCGAAUCGCCAUCUGCCCUGACCAUUCCUUCUUUGUGACUGCAUCCGAUGAUAGCACCGUCAAAAUCUGGGAUACAACUCGUCUCGAGAGGAACUUGAAUCCAAGGUCGCGCCAGACUCACCGCCAUCCCGCUGGGUCGCGCGUGAAAGCGCUCACGUUCAUUGAGAAUACAUAUACGUUUGUCAGUGGCGCUACUGACGGCAGCAUUCACGCGGUCAAAGUGGACUACCAGAAGGUCCAUGAAUCGCAUCGAUACGGAAAGCUUCAGCUCGUUCGGGAAUACCAACUUCCUACCUUGAAAAAUGGGACGCCCGAGUAUGCUGUCUGGAUUGAGCAUUUCCGAGAUGAUGGCCAGUCGAUUCUGCUCGUUGCUACUAACAACUGUCGAAUCUUGGCCAUUGAUAUGAAGACCAUGCUCCCCAUCUACACUCUGGAGAAUCCUGUACACCACGGAACACCGACUACGUUCUGCUGCGACAAACGACAGUCGUGGAUAUUGGUCGGCACGACACACGGCAUCCUUGACCUAUGGGAUCUUCGAUUUCGCGUACGCCUGAAGGCCUGGGGUCUUCCCGGAAGAGGGUCAAUUCGGCGCAUUCAGUUGAAUCCCUUGAAAUUGCGCGGGCGCUGGGUGUUCGUCUCUAGUAGUGGCAGCCAUGGCAAUGAAAUCACCGCCUGGGACAUCGAACGAUUCUGCUGCCGCGAGGUGUACCGAGCAACCCAAGCCACUGCCAACGAGGGGGCAGCAAAUGGCACUGGCCAUCGCACCUCUCGGGCCGCCGGUGCUCGUCCUCGUCGAUUCAACCUACGAGAUGUUGAGCCCUGGCCCGUCGACGAAGACCGACCAGAAGGCAUGCUCAGCCGCUUCGCGACGAGCAAUGCAGGCACCCCAGGCGUAGACAGAGGCGCACCGACCUCUGUCGUAAAUGAUCCUGCGAUGCCACCCAAUCAUUCCUCUGGCGACCGGCCUGGCACCUGGGUCUUUGCGACUGGUCUGAAUCCUGGUGAUGAUGAGAAGGGAUCCAGCAAAUGCGGAUUCAUCGUCUCUGCUGGGUGCGAUCGAAAGAUCCGCUUUUGGGAUCUUGCCCGGCCCGAGCUAUCCAUGAUUGUCAGCGGUCUCGACCAUCCUGUGGCGGACGGGAACGGAGCCAGCAAGCCCCGCUACGAGGUAUCGCAGCCCGGUCCCAACCUCGUGGUGACUACGGAACAGCUCCCAGCCACGUCUAGCAAUGGCGGGGCGACCGCGGCUGGCAAGAAGGGAGCUAGCCCACGACCCCCGCGCAGCACCGUGAUCAGUUUGCAGCAGCAGAUGCUCCUGAAGAGCCAUCUGGAUAUCAUCCAGGAUGUGGCGGUGUUACGGCAGCCAUACGGGAUGAUCGUGAGUGUCGACCGAGCUGGAAUGAUUUACGUGUUCCGAUGA